AUGGAAUUAUUACAGCUGCCUCCAGUGAAACGGGCCGCUCUCAAACCACAUCGCAAGUGGGUGCAAUACGGAAACUACGAUUUGCCGGAAUUCGACGGCCGUCCAGAGGACUGGCCAAUGUUUAAGGAAACAUUCAUAAUGACUACAACGGAGUACCAGUACAGUGACACGCAGAACAUGAUGCGCUUACAGAAAGCAAUCAAAGGCAAAGCAAGGGAGACGCUCGAGUGUUUACUAAUACACAGCAGAAACGUGAAGCAAAUCAUCAAAACUUUAGAAGAACGCUAUGGGAAGUCGGAGCUGGUGGUGAAGAGUCAAUUAAAGAAGAUACGAAGUGUUGCACCAAUCUCCGAAAAUCAUAUCGACCAGUUAGUGAUGUUCGCGACGAAGGUUCAAAAUUUAUCCUCCUUUCUUCAGGCUGCUGAUUGUGAUUAUCAUUUGUCAAACCCUACGUUGAUGGAAGAGUUGCUGAUUAAACUGCCUAUGCAAAGGCGUAUUGAGUGGGCACGACAUGCCUCUACGAUUGUACCGCGACCAACGAUAUGCCACUUUAGCGACUGGCUACAAGAAUUAUCCACAAUUGUGAAUUCAGCCUGUGUGUACUCGAGCUUGGAACAGCGCCAACCAAGAACAGAAGGGCGCCCAAGAUUUUUCCACACAAACGAGGUCGAUAGUGAAAGUUCGUGGCGAGGUAAAUGCGAAGCGUGUGCAGAGAGGCACGCACUUAGUAAGUGUAAAAGAUUUUUAGACAUGGAUCAAGGAGAGAGGUGGCGUUUAGUUCGUCGAAGGAGACUUUGCUUUAAUUGUCUGAAAGGCAAUCACCGUAGCAGCGUUUGUCGUGAACAACACGAAUGUGGUGAUGAGCAUUGCACAAAACGGUGGCAUACCCUUCUUCACGAGCGUAAUGGAAUAGAACGUAUACGCGAGGUAUCGCACAGGCAACAAUCGUCACGGCAAGCAUCGAAUCACGUAGCACAGCAGCAGCAACAAGCCGUGCAGCUACAACCCGUUUCACCGGAGGGAAUACAUCAAAUUUUUACGAACACUAUCCCGUCUAACAAAGCAUCGAAAUUGUUGUUUAAAAUUGUACCAGUUAUAUUGUACGCCAAUUCGAGAGAAAUCAAAACUUAUGCGUUUUUCGACGAAGGGUCUGCUAUAUCACUAAUCAACCGUGCCUUAGCAAUUCGUCUUGGGCUUAAGGGGUACAGCGAUAGUCUAACGUUGCAAUGGUUUGGCAGCACAACUGUCACUGAACCUUCUUGUAGGGUAGAUGUAGAGAUUUCCGGUAUUGAGCGAGGUAGCAAGAAGUUUAGUAUGCGAAACGUGCGUACGGUUUCAAAUCUCCAAUUGCCAAUGCAGUCGAUAAGUCUGUCGGACCUUCAUUAUAAGGAUCAACAUCUGCCACUACGCGAGUACUCUGGCGCUGUGCCCGAACUCCUGAUAGGAUUGGACAAUGCGUAUCUUGGAGUACCACGACGAACGGCUCACGACGGUAGCAGAGGUUAUGCGGUGGUGCUGACACAACUCGGAUGGGUAAUCUACGGAGCAGGGCGACGUCCAUUGAACCAGGCGCGUUACCAUACAAUGUUUGCGCGAGUGAGUGAAGCGGGCGAAACUUCUCAGCUGGAGGACCUCAUCCAUGAUUACAUAAUUAACGAAAGCAUGGGCGUAGGUGUUGUGAAACAGGUGAUUGAAGCCGAAGAUAUUGUGAGGGCAAAGAAACUGUUGCAGGAGAAUACAAAGCGCAACGGAAACCAAUUUGAAACGUGUUUAUUGUGGAAGGAUGAUAACAUAGAGUUGCCGGCAAGUAAGGAGAUGGCAGAAAAGAGAUUUUACGCACUAGAGAGAAAAUUUAAACGCGACGACGAUUUGAAAAAAGCAUAUGCGACGAUUAUAGCAGGGUAUGUGGCGAAAGGGUACGCCAGUAAACUAAGUGAAGAGGAGGCAGCAGUCAAAGACAAGCGUACCUGGUAUUUACCUCAAUUCGCCGUGUUUAACCCGAAUAAGCCCACGAAAAUCAGGUUAGUGUUUGACGCAGCAGCGGAGUCAGAAGGGGUGUCGUUGAAUUCGGCACUGUUAAGUGGGCCAGAUUUAUUGCAGCCGCUGGGAACGGUGCUAAUGAAAUUUAGGCAAAAACAAAUCGGAGUUUGCGCCGACAUAGUGGAGAUGUUCCACCAGGUGAAGACUCGAGAUGAAGACUUGUCAUCACAACGAUUUUUAUGGAGAUACGAUCCUAAGGCCCGCUUGGAUGAAUAUGUAAUGAAUGUGAUGACCUUCGGAGCCACAUGCUCGCCGUGCUCAGCGCAGAAAGAACAAAAACGCUGA